AUGAAGCCAUCGUUGCUACUCAUCUUCGCCGGCCUCAGCUCAGUGGCUUUGGCCAACGUCGGCACACCGAGUAGAGAGAGCCAAGCCCAUGUGACAGGUAGCACACCGGGCGCCGCCCAAGUCAACAUGGCCAUUGACGACGCGCAUAUAGCACAGGAUCCGAUGAUGAUGGGUGCCAUGCCCUCAAGUAACGGCGACGACUCACCUCGCCAUCGACAAGAGAAGGCGCACCUCCUCAAGAGGAUGGAUAAGAAGAGCGGUAAAUGGGGCACGAGCCAUCCGCGAUACCGACUUCUCGAAGCAUUGUGGGCAUAUACCAGUUACCGCGAACGUCACAUGGCCGAGUUGGACCGAUGGCGAAGCUUGUACAAAAGCACUGGAAAGAAGCAGAAGAAGGUGUUGGAGAAGGCGGUUGGCUAUACAAAGAAGCUGGACGAAAUCGAAGAACUGAUAUACGUCAACGCGGCUGUCUCGCGGAGCAUCGCUCGUCAUGCGAUGGAGUUCUACGGUAUCGACCAGGCGGAGUUAGACGAGCACAUCAAGCAAGCCGAGAAGGACAAGCGGCAAGCAGAUAAAUUUGCGACGGCGCAAACAUUAAAGCAUUUCGUACGAGAUUGGGCCGACGAAGGUCUCAAGGAGAGAAAUGAAGCCUUUCCAUGCAUCUUGAGCACGUUGCGCGCCAUUAGAGCAGAGUCUCCAAAUGGUGCAUCUCUCAAAGUACUGCUGCCAGGCUCUGGAGUCGGCCGGCUGGGUCAUGAUGUUGCAAAUCUUGGAGGGUUUGAGGUGACGAUCAACGAGUGGUCGAUGUUUAUGAACGUUGGUUAUCGCUACAUGGAAGCGCAAAGGCAUGCGAAUGCUGUCACCAUACACCCCUUCAUCGAAGCGAUGUCGCACCAUGCCACGAAAGCCGAUAUGACGCGAAGUGUCAUAGUGCCCAAUAUGACCCCCAACCCCGCCGUACUGCUCGUCGAGGGCGAUUUCAAUACCGCCUUCAAUGAUCAGCCAGGCCACUACGACGUCAUCGUCACUCACUUCUUCAUUGACACGGCCCGCAAUCUCAUGGCCUACUUCGACACCAUUCACCGACUGCUGAAGCCUGGCGGUAGAUGGAUUAACUUUGGCCCACUCCUCUAUGGUACCGGGCCUUUUGUGCAGCUCAGUCUGGAGGAGAUCAUUAAUGUCGUUGAAGAGUUGAAUUUUGAGUUUGAGGACAUAGGUAACGAGUGCGGUGAACUGACCUUCAAGGACAAGAAAGUUCGGAGCAAAGAGGCGGAGUACGGCUUCAACAGGAAAGCGCUGACUAGGUAUGCGUACCUUGCGCAAGUAUGGAUGGUAAGAAAGACCUGA